AUGAUUGAUGAAAAUGAUCAUCAGUAUAAUCCUAAAGCAAUUAAAACUUCGACUUCUUGUGAACAAAUUGUUUCAUUAAAUGUUAAUGAUCGAAUAUUAAGCAAUCAUUUAGGAUCUACCUCUUUGUCGUCACAAACUCAAUCUUGGGAGUCUAUUUUAGAAAAAUCUAUAAAUGCUAUUGUAUCCAUAAAAGCAAAUUGUGUAAGAAGUUUUGACACAGAGGAAUCCGAUGAAUAUUUUGCUACGGGAUUUAUUGUUGAUAAAGAGAGAGGGAUUAUUUUAUCAAAUCGUCAUGUUGUUUCACCAGCACCUAUUGUGGCUCAAGCUAUAUUUAAAAAUUAUGAAGAAGUAGAAUUAAAACCAAUAUAUCGUGAUCCAAUUCAUGAUUUUGGAUUUUUUAAAUUUGAUCCAUCCAAGAUUAAGUUCAUGGAUCUAGUACAAAUCCCUCUUUGUCCGGAAAAAGCAAAAGUUGGAAUAGAAAUAAAAGUUGUUGGAAAUGAUAAUGGUGAAACUUUAUCAAUUUUAUCUGGUACUUUAGCAAGACUUGAUAGAAGAGCUCCAAUGUAUGGUACUGGAAAUUAUAAUGAUUUUAACACCUUUUAUUUACAGGCAGCAUCUGGAACUAGUGGAGGUUCUUCAGGUAGUCCAGUGCUCGAUAUUGAAGGAAAUGCAGUUGCUCUCAAUGCAGGUAGUACAAGAGAAGCAUCAUCUAGCUUUUACCUUCCUUUGAAUAGAGUAAAAAGAGCUCUCAAGUAUAUUCAAGAAGGAAAAGAAGUUCCACGUGGAACUCUUCAAACAGAAUUUGAAUACAAACCUUACGAUGAACUCCGACAUUUGGGUCUUAAAUCAACUAUUGAAAAAGAAAUUCGUGAAAAAUUUCCUGAAGAAACUGGAUUAUUAGUUGUUCGUAUUGUUUUACCAAAAGGUCCGGCAGAUGGUCUACUUAUACCCGGUGAUAUAGUUAUUUGUGCAAAUAAAAAUAUGAUUGCCAAUUUCACACAAUUAUUUUCAAUAAUUGAUGAUUCAGUUGGAAAAGAUAUUGAAUUAACAAUAUGUCGUGGAAAAGAACAGAUAGAUGUUAAGUUAAAAAUUCAAGAUCUUCAUUCUAUAACACCAAAUCGUUUCGUUGAAAUUGGUGGUAGUAUAAUUAAUGAGUUAUCAUAUCAACUUGCUUAUUCUUAUUCAUGGUCUGUUGGAGGUCCAUAUAUAGCUGAAAGUGGUUAUAUGUUUAAUUGUGCAUCAGUUUGGUGCAUGAGUAUCAUUACUAGUGUUAAUAAUAUCCCCACACCAAAUUUGGAUGAAUUUAUCAAUGUUAUGAAAACUUUGUCAGAUGGUGCUAGAGUACCAAUAAAAUAUUAUCAUUUAUCUAACGUUAAUAAUGAAUAUACUUCAAUUAUAUGUGUGGAUAGACAUUGGCACAAAUUUAAAAUAGCCGUUCGUGACGAUACUACUGGAUUAUGGAAUUAUGAGGAAAUGCCUCCUCCUUCAUCUAUUCAUACAUAUAAACCUGAAACAGCGCAAAUUCAAACUUUGGAUGAAUCAUUACAACCUGCAGGAAAAAUUUGGCCUUCGCUCGUUAUAGUUAAUUUUUGUUUACCAUAUAAUGUCAAUGGAUUAAGAAAUGGACAAAAUACACAAUUUUAUGGUGCAGGAAUGAUAGUAUCUACUGAGCCACCUUUAAUUGUAUGUGAUCGAUAUACAGUACCAAUAAGCGUUGGUGAUAUUUUUAUCACCUUCGCUAAUAGUAUUAUUAUACCUGGAAAGUUAGUUUAUCUUAACCCUUUAUAUAAUUAUGCUAUUAUCACAUAUGAUAAAACAUUAUUAGGAGAUACACCUGUCAAAGCCAUUGAAUUGAGCGAAAAAGAAUUAACGCAAGGCGAUUCUGUUUAUUUAGUAGGAAUUUGUGGUGAUUAUACACCUAUAGUAAAAAAAACUACCGUGAAACGUAUUUCAAAUGUUUAUAUUUCAAAAUGUUACCCUUUAAGAUGGAGAGCUGUGAAUUUUGAAGAUAUAGAAUUGGAUGAUUAUGUAGAAUCAAUAGGUAGUAAUAAGAUUUUAUUUAUAUUCACUAUAUUCAUACCAAUAAUAACUAAUAAUUUUAAUCUAGGUGGUGUAUUAUGUGACAAUGAUGGGAAUGUACAAGGAUUAUGGUUAACUUAUUCUUCACAAGAUAGCAAUUAUAAAGACAUCACACAUAAAUGUGGAUUUUCAAUAUCUUUAGUAAAACCAACUUUAAAAUCAUUUAAAAUUGAUGAGGUUCCAAAAUUACAUAGUCUUGAUGUUGAAUUUUGGACAAUACAAAUAUCAAAAGCAAAAGACUACGGUUUAUCAGAUGAAUGGGUUAGAAAAGUUGAAUCUAUGCCGAACACAAAAAAUAAUAUGUUAACUGUAUUAAGUAUACUUGAUUCAACAAGUCCUUCAGGAAAAUUAUUAGAAGUGGGUGAUAUUAUUUUGACAAUAAAUGGUAAUAUGGUAACAAAAGUAUUUGAUUUGCCUACGGCCUUUCAUUAUUCGGAAGAAGUUGAUGUGUUAAUAUUACGUGAUGGAAAAGAAAUGAAUAUCAAAGUAGCAACAACCCCACACUACGGAAAAGAGACAACAAAGAUCAUAGGGUGGUCAGGUGCAAUUAUACAAGAACCAUAUGAAGCAGCAUUAGAACAUGUUAAAAAUGUACCAACAGGGGUAUAUGUAUCAUUUAGAUCUGAUGGUUCGCCAUCAUUAAAACUAAGCCAAGGGGUUUGGAUUACCGAAAUACAAGGAAGAAAAGUGAGCGAUCUAGAUUCAUUUUUAGAAGCAAUAUAUGCACACGAAAAAGAAAUUAAAGAAAAACCCGAAGAAAAUAAUGAUGGAUAUGUGCGUAUUAAAACUGUCAAUAAUACAAAUGUUACGAAAGUUGUAACGAUGAAAUUGGAUCCACAUUAUUGGGGUAUUUGGCAGUUAGUUGAAGAUAAAGAAGCAAAGACGGGAUGGAAAUUUAUAGAAUCUUAA